AUGUACUACGACGCGCGCGCGACGGGCGAGAGCUGCGACGACGGCCUCGUCGAGGUCGACAUCGACGUCGCGGACUACUACUACCCGCCCGACGGCGCCGUCCAGCUCAUCCCCGCGCACAACGUCUACAACUACUGCGCCGUCAUCGACAACCCCGAGCUCUACAGCAAGUCGGGGCUGGAGAAGAAGGCGCACCCGAACUACCUCGAGUCGCGGGCCUACGAGUUCAACGAGCGCGCUUGCGCCAAGAUUCUCAAAUCCUGCGUCGGCGACGACGCCUACGACGGAAGCCAGCGGCAGAAGCAGGUCGCGGCGGCGCACGCGCGCAACCCUGCGCCGACGCUCGCGCGGGACGGCCCCGCGGUCUACUACCCGUGGCGCGCGCAGCUGUCGCCCCCCCGCUGCGUGGAGUGCGGUCGCGAAGGCGUGGAGACGCGCCUCUGCAUGUGCGCCAACGAGGGCUCGGGCCUCGGGCUCCUGGGUCAGCUCGCGACGUCCGCCCUGAGAAAAUUGUUCCCCGACGGGAUCCUGCCCGGCGAGGCGGGGUACCCCGAGGUGGCGAACUGCGAGCUCCUCACCGGCGCCUCAACCGUCAAGUUCCUGAUGGACGUGCUGCGCGCGAUGACGGGCCUGGGCUCGUCGGAGCUCGACGCGAUGCUCUCGAGGACCGUGACGAUGCGGAUUCGCAAGACCACGGUCAUCGCGCGCGAGACGCACUUCGACCACAUCGUCGCCCUGUCCCUCCGCUACGCGGGCGCCCAGCUCCGCGGCGACGCGGCCAAGCUCGCGGCGCCCUGGCGCCUCGACGAGGACCCGGCGUGGGUCGCCGGCGCGCCGAACGGCGCGACGCGCCGCGUCUCGCGCAUGGAGGGCCUCCAGCUCCUCCUGCGCAAGGCGAACUUGGACAAGGGCACGACCAUCUCGCGCGACAUCGUGGACGACCUGCUCGACUACAACACCUGCUUCUACGCGCCGUCGGAGCUCGCGAAGCCCGACGUUCUCGACCGCACGUACCGCGCGGAGUCGGACAUCCUCAAGCGCGUCAAGGGCAAGAAGGGCACGAUCUGCCGCGCGGGCGUCGAGACGGACACGGCCGAGGUCUGCGUGCUCAAGAAGGACGCCCGGGUCGUGGCCGUCGCGGAGGCGCUCAACGCCAAGGGCGACGUGCGCCUGCGCCUCCAGCGGCCCGUGCGCGGCUGGGACGAGACGUACCGCGUCGAGGCCGUCUGCCGGCUGCCGGAGAAGGGCGACGAGGACGACGACGACGACGACGACCUGGGCAAGGCCGUGCUCUUCAGCGACACGGGCAUGAAGCAGCGUCCCGUGGCCGCGACGAUUUUCGAGAGACUGUUGACCGGGAAGACGAUGGAAAGCAUGAAGAUCCACCCGAACGCGAAGGACGUCGACUUCUUCUGCUUCGGCUCCGCGUCGAUCCUCGCGGCCGACGGCGUCACGAAGAUGGCCGUGGCGAAAUGCCGCGCUGUGCGCGGGUCCAUGCUGCGCCACUACGCCGCGGCGGACUUCCGCUACGCGGCGCGCUUCGUCGUCGACGGCCCCGUGGCGUGCCCGACGUUCGCGACGGGUUUAGAAGACCUCCCUUCCCAACCGCCGCCGACCAUGGUCGUCGCGGGGCCCCAGAAGGACCAGAUCCCCGUGGACCCCAAAGUUUUCGUCGACUACCCCAUGUCCGUCGGGCGCUACCAGGAGCGGGCCCUCGUCGCCGGCGACCCGCGGAAGACGUCGCUGUACCCGCCGGGCGACGAAAAGCUCGCGAAGUACGAGGCCGACGGUGCCUUCCAGCCCUGGCUCAAGCACUUGUACGACCCCUGGACGGGCGACAUGCGCGCCAUGCCCUUUGGGUGGACGUCCGGGCCCGAGGCCGCGUCGAUGAGAGGCGUGGACCUGCGCUACUUCUACGACGAGUCCAAGCGCGAGCUCGUCGGGACGGUCCGCUUCUCCGAGAACGCGCUCGAGGCCGUCUUCGACGGGUCCAAGGGUCUCUCUCCCAAAAACUCGCGCCGCACCGCGCGGUCGUCGGCGAGACCUACGACGUCCGCGUCGCCUACAAGGUCUGCAAGGGCGGCGACUCGCUCGUGA